UGUCACGUGACCUUGAAUGACGUCACCGAGGCCAAUAGGAAACCUUCCAAACGGCGUUAUAACCCGAGCUACCGGAGCAAGAGUUCGUGUGACGUCAUCUGCGCAGUAGAGUCACGCGCAUCCUGUGUGUCCGACGACGUGACCGAGAUUCGGCACAUUAGGCAACAGGAAGGCUCGAAUAGUCAUGCCGUGCAACAGGGGGAAGUGUCUUCUUCGAAUCCUAACAUACUGUCCAACGAUCGAGUUGGUCCUAUUUUACUCGAGGCGUUAGAUGGCUUUCUUUUCGUUGUAAAUACGGAGGGACGAGUGGAGUACGUAACAGAUAACAUAACUCAGUACAUAAAUUACACGAAGGACGAUGUUCUCGGCAAGGAUAUUUAUAAUAUUAUUCAUCAUGGGGAUCACAACACCUUCAUGCCGAGCUUGUUGCCUAUGCCAUUAGGCUGGACGAACGAGCAGCAGCCGCAGAGGAACCGUACCUUCAAUUGCCGCUUCUUGGUGAAGCCUCCCGAUGAUAAAGAAGAGACUAUGGAAGAGAAGCAGCAACGAGUAUCGAAAUACGAGUCUAUGCAAAUCUGUUCAGCUCUUUUGCCAAAUAAUAGUGAUCGUCUGGAGAGCGGUGACGUAUCGUCUGAAUCUUCAGACAACGGCCCCUGCGUAAUGUGCGUGGCUCGUAGGAUACCCCCGAACGAGAAGCCCAUCGGUACGCCCAUCGAGCAAUUUACCGUCAAGUUGGACACCACGGGGAAGAUUAUCGCGGUUGAUGUUAUCUGGUUAUCUCCUCCUUACUCCGAGUACCUAAGCAAGGAGCUGAUUGGUACCACGAUAAAGGACUUGUGCCACCCUCAUGACCUCAGCAAGCUAACUGCACAUUUGAACGAUACGCUUCAAGUCGGCGAGAGUACCAGCGGUGUGUACCGACUACGCGUUAGUCCUGAUAAGUUCCUUAAUAUUCAAACAAAGUCGAAGCUUUUCAAAGCGAAUGUGAUGAAUACGCUUGUUACCGACUUCAUUAUGGCCACCAAUACCAUCAUUGGGGACAAUGACUUAACGCCUAUCGAGGGUGGUCAGCUUUCCAACAACAAAGUGUGCUCUGGACACUCUAGUAACCGUUGUGCAAAUAAUAGUAAUAAUAAUAAUGGUAACAAUAACAAUAACGUGGGUGGCCCGCUAAUGUCCGUGGCGCAUCUGAACGGUCAAGUGAGUGGUAUGAGUAGCCGGGGGUUGGCCGGUACGUCGUCGUCGCACACGGCCGGUGGUACCGCCGCUGCCGCCGCAUCCUCGAACUCCUCGAUAGUGUUCAGCGCGGCCGAGUCGUGCAACCCGCUGCCGUCGCUAAGUAGCAGUAAUCCGUUCAACCACUUUUCGGGGAACAUGGACUUGGAAUUCGAGCUGUUCCCCAGUUCCACAUGGGACUUGGAUAGUAGCAGCGGGUGGGCAGAUAGGCCCGAAUCGAGAGCGAGCGGGCCACCAAACUCACGACCAUCUUCCCAGCCAGCCCCGACAUCUCCGAGUCCCCAGGCAACGUACUCCUCUAAUUCGGCGGUGGCGCCUCACUGCAGUAGUCCCCUGCGCGCGUUCAGCCCGACAUCAGGCAACGCAGCUCACACCUUCAGUAAUUCGUUCCCCUUCAGUCCGCUUCAGGAAUCACAGACGUCCUCAGCAGCGUUGACCAACAGCGCUGCUAGUAGUGUUAAUGCGAACGGGGCCGCCGCCGGAUUGACGCCCAAGAGACAGGAUGAAGGGAAGACCAACGCCGCCGUCGCUGCUGCCGUCGCUGCCGCUGCCGCCGCCGCCGCCGCCGCCGCCGCCGCUGGGUCUUGCUCGACCACCAACCAAUCCGCCAUCGAGUCCGCUGCCAGCAACGCGAGAAACAACGCGGCCUCCGUCGUGGUCGGUGGUACCGCGGCUGUCGCAGCCGCCGCAGCCGCAGCCGCAGCCGCAGCCGCGGCCGGCCAAACUAGCUCCGCCGUUGUCGAAACUCAGAACAGUGUUGUGUCCACCGAGUCCGGUAGACUGAGAAACUUGUUGACCAAGGGGGCUAGUGCUAGUGAGGACAGUCAGGACAAUGCGAAUAACGAUUCCGAGAGCCAAAAUAAACAUAGAAUAUUGAAGAUAUUGUUGAAUCAGCAAGACGAGGACGAUUUUCAUCCGGAGCAUAAUAAUAAAGUGCGCACGAGUCCUAGCAACAUGCCGAAAUCGGGCAUGGAGCAUUCGAAAUCUUCGCUUGGGAAUAAUAUGCUGCUACAGCUAUUGAACGAAAAGAACGACGACGAAGACGAAGAGGCUCGCGCCGGCUUGAAAAAGAGGAACGAACUUUUGCAACAGCUUCUGAAAGAUCAAGAUGACGAGAGGAAAGUACAAGAGCAACAGUGCAAGUCGCAAACGCGGGAAGAGGAUUCUCUGUUGCGAAGCCUUGGAUUUCGCAAUACGACGCCAUCACCGUCUCAAUCGAGUGACAACGUUGGACUCGGUGGUUCCUCUCAAGUUGGUCAGAAGA